GGAAACCAGAGAAAAGAAUGGUGGUGUUGGUUGACAAGUAGCUCGCUCUUUUCUGUUUUUCCAUAGACGUUUCUUACACCACGGCUACUAGGAUUGCUACCCUACUACCAGAACUACUACUACUACUUCUACUACUACUAUUUCCGCCACCACCACUACCAUCACCACCACCACGUCUUGGCCUUUCGUUCGGUUCCAAGACGAAGCAAGACGUUCCAACAUUGGUUUCACUCUUGGUCCACUCGUCCACUCGUUGGGUCGGUCCGUUGGAUAUCUGGCAUGAUAAUGUCCAAUGGUGCGAAGGUUAGAUCAGUCUUUCAGUUGGACUCGGACUGAGCAUAACUUGAUGAAAGGCGGGCGAAAAAAAGGUGGUUUAAUUGCUCUUUGAACUUGGAACGAGCCUUAAAUAACAACCCGUUGUCCUCGUGAUUAAGUAGGGCGUUGUUAUGAGGAGAUUUUCUUGGAGAGGUUAAACACGCAUUUUGGGAGUCGAAGAACACAUAGGAUCGAGAAUUCAUCAGAAUGAGCGGUUCUACUCAAAGUCCGUGGUCGACACCUUCGAAAAGUGAGUACCAGUUUGGCGAGGGCUUCAUUCAGCUCAAAGACGAUGGGGAGUUCCAAAAAUUUGACCAAGGCCUGGUGGACGAGAUCUUAGAGCGUGAGCUGCCGGAUGGACAGGCAAGUUCCGAAGAUCAUUUGGAUUCAUUUAGUGAAAAUAGUGAUCAGCGGCGAAGCUCGUGGAGUAAAGCGCCGAAGGUGAAAGUGAAAGAUGCGGCCCCGCCCCCUCGACAGCUCAAUAAAUACAAAGUCUCCCAUUCUCCCACCAAGUUGAAAAACGGGAAAGUCAUGCCCGUCCCUAUUUUGAAGGCGAGAAGCCAAUCUCUGGAUCAUCGAAGCAAAAAAACACCUGGUGGGAAAUCCAAAGGAAAACUCCCUUAUGGCAGUCAAACCAACUUGAACCGAAAGAGUCCAAAUCUGGAAGAAAGUUCCGAAGCCUCGUCAGAAAACUCAAGAGUACCGACAGUGGUGUGUUCUGGAUCUUCAGAGAGGAAAUCUCCUCCCUCCUGUGAUCGUAAAUCCCAGGGCCAACAACCUUCGCAAUCCUCCAAGGAUAGUCCCAAGAAAUCGCCACGGAAAUCUCGAAAGAAGGCCCGCGAUAUCAUUGAGUUGGUGGAUCCUUUCAACCAGAUUCGCUCAGACGAUGUUCGACGAUGGGAAAAGGAGAUUCGAACCACUGCCAAAAUCGACGUCGAAGCCAGUGAUUUGGCUGCCAGUCUGGCUUUCACCAACGCUUUUGUUUUGAAGCUCAAUCAAAUUGCCAAGCAAGGCUUACUGAAUCGAAAUGUGGUGUUUCGAGUUGGAGCGUACAUUUCCAAAUACCGCAUUGAGGAUGCAGAUUGGAAAAAGUCCUUAAACUCGUUCUUCUCCUUCGCUCGGCAACUCGCAUCCGUUCGAGAAGGAUUGGGCACUCUGGAACAAAAAGAGACCUUUGAUUUAGAGGAGGCCUCUUGGGUGCCGCCAAAUAUGGAUCGUGUUCCUCCGAGGCCAGCUACGGCUAAGCCCAAGGACCCCGACUUCUACGACUUCAAGGACGAUAAUUUGGCCAAAGACUAUCGCAAGUUAUGGGAGGAAUAUCACGCGCUCAAAACUGCAUCUACGGACCAGUGAAGCAGCAGCUACGUAGCUCAGUGACUCAGUGACUCAGUGACUGGAUGACUGAUAGACCAAGUGCUUGAUGUUUGAUAAGAUGACCAAUGUCAGAAGAGCUUAAUCAAAUACCUGUCUCUUGUCCCAUCGCAAAGGUUUCGAUCUUUCGGUUUUAUUGGUUAUAUCCAUUGUAAAAGCAGAUAUUAUUUCUCAUAAGUAAACAUUUCUUUGAUAAUUGAGUCAACAUUCUAGUAUAAUAUACUAGUAAUAGUAAUAUCAGUGAUGACAGAUAAUAAUGACGAUAAUGAUAAUCAUAAUAACCAUUGUAAUAGCAAUAGUGAUGAUUAUAAUAAGAAUAUGAAUAAUAAAGGUAUUAAUAAUAGUAAAUGAAUCUAGAGUUUUCAUGGUCUUAUGAUGAUGUUUCUGUUAAAACUGCAUCACAUAUUCACAUCUGUUGUUGUGGUUGUUGUUUUGUUGCUGCUGUUGCUGUUUCGUCCGCAUUUCAUUGUUUUUGCGAGUGCUUUUUCACGAUUCGAAAUUGAGGAAAAGAGAAGGGGAGAAGAGAGGAGGAAUAAAGAUGCAGUAAUGAUUUUCGUCUCGUCUGCCUAAGGCGAAUCCCAAAGGAUUUUUCUCAUUGAUUCAAAGAGGGAGGGUGCAAAGUACUGAAGGUAUCGCGUGGUGACGUGAAUUACAAGAAAAAUCAAAGGAGUCGGAUUUGAUUGAGGCAAGAUUGUGGAUGGAUCAGUCUGAAGAAGACCAACGAAGAGUCUCAAAACAGUUGCGCUUGGUUAUGUCGAAGCAGAAUAGGAUCGACCAUGAAUUUAGAACGAACAAGAAAUGUCGUCCGGCUAUUGUUGGAAGCAUGUAGUAGGGAGACGAGCCAGAUUGAGGGUUAAUUAUGUAACUCG